AUGGACCCCUCCACUGACACUCUAGCACGCAGAAUAAAGAAGGCCGUCCCCCAGGACGCGCAAACGCCCGUGUUUGCCGUUAAAUUCAUCCACAAGGGCUAUGCCGUCAAGCAUGGCAGGGUAUCGGCGAAGCAGCUGUUGAUGGAGGUGUCGCUACACUCGCAUGUCGGCCAACACCCGAACAUUAUCGAGUGGUUUGCUUCGGGAGAAGACACCAACUGGAGAUGGAUCGCCAUGGAGUUCGCCGACGGGGGCGACCUCUUUGACAAGAUCGAGGCUGACGUCGGCGUGCACGAGAACAUUGCGCACGUCUAUUUCCUGCAGCUCAUCAGUGGCGUAAGCUUCAUCCACUCAAAGGGCGUCGCCCAUCGCGACUUGAAGCCCGAGAACAUACUGCUAUCGGAGACGGGAACCCUCAAGCUCGCCGACUUUGGUAUGUCGACCAUGUUUGAGUACAAGGGCCAGCGGAAGACGAGUUCCACCCUCUGCGGCAGUCCACCCUACAUCGCCCCUGAGAUUCUCGCCUGCGGCAAGGCGGAGAAGAAGACGUCGUCGACCGUGAGCAAAUACUCGCCGGAUCUCGUCGACAUCUGGUCAUGUGGCGUCAUUCUAUUUGUGCUGCUGGUGGGCAACACCCCUUGGGACGAGCCGUCGAACGGCAGCUGGGAGUAUCAAGAAUAUGUCCGGACAAACGGCCGCAGUACGGAUGCUAUUUGGGGGAGGAUACCGUCGAAUGCCUUGUCGUUGCUUCGCGGUAUGAUGAACAUCGAUCCCGACAAGCGCUUCUCAUUCCGGCAGAUUCGUCAACACCCGUGGUACACCAGACCAAACCCACACCUAACAUCGGACGGCAAGGUUUCCGACCCCAUCAACCUGGCCACGCAGAUGCUGGAAAGUCUCAAGAUCGACUUCAACCAGCAGCCGACGGCGUCCCAAGGUAACCCGACCAGUAGCGACCCCAUGGUUGUCGACACCAUCGGCCAGGUCUCCUUCACGCAGCCCGAGACGCCCAUCAACGACGUCACGUGGGAUUGGGAGCGUCCAGCCCUCAAGACCAUGAACCCCAUCGCCGUCCCCUCGACGCUGCCUCUGUCCAGGAGCGUAAGCGGCGUCGCCAACAGACGCAUGUUCCUGCAAUCCCUCGCCGAGGAGCCGUCAAUGAGCCAGUUCUCGCAGACCCCAAGCGUCCCGUUGACCCUCACCCAGGCGGCGCGCCGGUUCCGCGACAUCGUGCCGCCCGAGUCGCUCACGCGCUUCUUCUCGCACGUGCCGCCGCAGCUCAUCGUGCAGAUGCUCAGCGACGCGCUGCACCAGCUCAACGUUCCGCUGCCGCCCGUGACGCCGAGCCUGUCGGCGGACCACAUUGUCACGAUCAAAAUCAAGACGCUCGAUGAGCGGCGGCAGUCGAUGCACGGCGAGAUCCACGUCGACAAGCACAGGUUGCCGGAGGAGCAGGAGCUAUUGGACAUCCGGUUCGUCAAGAUCAAGGGAGACCCACUCGAGUGGCGUCGUUUCUUCAAGAAGAUUGUGGUCCUUUGCAAGGACGGUGUCUAUGUGCCGGAGUCAUAG